AUGCCCGGAAACUACGCUGCUGUUCCUCCUGUAGCUUCUGCGAACCGCCGCCCUUUCGGAAAUGAUAUCACUGACGGAAGCGGCGCACCUGGGGCGAGCGGCGGAGCGACGGCGGGAGGCGAAGGCUUCAUCUCCGCGGACUCCGCGCCGUUGAAACCGCUUGCGAGUGUGAAGCUGCGGCAAGGGACUAACGAGGACGCGUCGCAGUUAAUGCCGGAAAUUUACCGCGUCGCCAGCGCUACCAGGGGGCCGGAAUUCGGCGCGCACGUGACAGCGGAAAAUGCGGAGAGGAGCCAGAGGAUUGUACGCGCGACAGACAAUUUCAGUAACGCGAAUCUGCUGGGGCGAGGUGCAUUCGGACAGGUGUACAAAGGCCGCGUGCUGGGCUGCAACAUGGCCAUCAAGCGACUGCAGGGCAGCGGGUGGCAGGGCCCCAAUGAAUACAGCAUGGAAGUGGACGUGCUGAGUCGCAUGCGCCACCCGCACAUCGUGCUGCUCAUGGGCCACUGCCCCGACCCCAACGCCAUGUGCAUUCUCUACGAUUCGGUGGCAGGUUCGGUAGCUGCUGGUCCGGUGAAUCAUGUCCUGCGCCAGCCUUUGGCUUGGUACGACAGGGUGCGAAUACUCUCUGAAGUUUCAGGCGCGCUGCUGUACCUCCACCAGCAUUCGCCGCCCAUCGCGCACCGAGACUUGAAACCCGACAACGUGUUACUCGAUGGUAACCGCAUGAGCAAGCUGGGAGACGUAGGCCUGGCAAGGCUAAUCGCGGAAGACGAUUACAACGUAACCGCACGUGUGCAGGGCACAGUAGGCUACAUAGACCCUGAGGAGGUGGCAACAUGUGAAAUCUCGGUGUUAUCUGAUGUGUACGCGUUUGGGUUGAUCGUGCUCCAGCUGCUAAUGGGGGAGCCUCAGGUGAAGCAGGUUCACCGCCUGCUGACGGAUACAGCAGCAAAAGUAGAUGCCGAGAAGCGUAGAGCAGGGAGAACGGGAGGGGUGUGCUCAGAGCCGUGGUCUGCUGCUGUGGAUGCUGUCUUGGCACGGCUGGAUAAGUCUGGAGGGGAGUGGCGUGCUGACGUGGCGCGCCAGCUCGCGGUGAUUGGAGUAUGCUGCGCUGACAGGGCAAGGGCAAGGAGGCCUGAUUUGCAAAAGGAGGUGCAGCCGGUGUUGAUGAGGCUAGAGGAGGAAGUGAGAAGGGAAGGGGAGAAGUGCAGGGCGGAUGCGGACAACCAGCUGCUGUGCCCCAUUUCUCAGAAGCGCAUGACAGACCCUGUUGUGGCAGCUGAUGGCUUCACAUAUGAACGCUACAUGAUAGAGCAGUGGCUGGAGCGCAACAACACAUCACCAAUAACAGGACAGCCCUUCCCUCAUAGUACCAUACUCCUGACCAAGUCGUCCCUCCUUUCGCUGAGUAAAGUUUCUGUUGCUCCGUUCUUGGAUUCCGCAGCAGCUUCAUGGAAGCUGCUGCAGUCGCCGGAGUCAACAAGGAGCCUUGAAUGGAGGCGAAAGGCGACAUCGCAGGCCGUCGCACACGUCGCAAUAAACAGAAGCUCGCGACAACCUCUCCAGAUCUUCGCUAUUUCCAGCAACGACUUCCGCGUAGGAACCAGCAUUGAGCUCGACGGAGCGCCAUGGAGAGUGCAAGAGUUUCUGCAUGUCAAGCCCGGCAAGGGAGCGGCGUUCGUGCGCACCAAGCUCCGCAACUUCAUCACGGGGAACACCGUCGAGCGAACUUUCCGCGCCGGCGAAUCGGUGGACGAGGCGAGUGUGAUCAAGGACGUGAAGCAGUUCACGUACCUCGACGGCGAGGACUACGUUUUCAUGGACAUGGUGACUUACGAGGAGACUCGGGUGACCAAGGCCCAACUGGGCGAUAGAGUGAAGUUCCUUAAAGAGGGGAUGGAGUGUAACGUGCUAACGUGGAACGACAAGGUGAUCGACCUGGAGCUGCCCAUCACGCUCAAAGUGAAGGUCGUGCAGACCGACCCUGGAGUGAAAGGCGAUACUGCUGGUGGAGGUGGGACCAAGCCAGCAACUAUUGAGACGGGAGCUACAGUGUCUGUGCCGCUCUUCAUUGAGGAAGGAGAAAUGAUCACUGUAGAUACUCGCACAGGCUCAUACAUGGGCCGAGCCUAA